AUGAAGUACACAGUGUUGCUCUUCUUAUCCCUCGGGAUUGCCUCAGGAUUUCCUGGGAUGGACACACUUCUGAACGACAUAAAACGCCGGCAAUCGACAGAUGAAAGAAGUGAGAUGAUUGGAGAUUUGACUGAUGGUGCCACGACCGCAGUUGGGAGACAAGUUCGAGAAUGUAUCACAAAUGUUGGAUCAUGCGAAAACCAAGAGGAAAAGAGCUAUAAUCGCCCUGGUAACCUGGGAACUGCCCUCUGUCGGGCUGAUUCAUGUUGCGUCUGGGACUUUAUACAGGAAGAAUUGGUCGAGUUGUUUCUUAAUGAAGAUGGGACAUGUAAUAGCCUUGCUCGAGCCUCUGUGAGACUCGGGUUCCAUGACGCUGGGGCAUGGUCCAAAGAUAGUGGCCCUGGUGGCGCUGAUGGUAGCUUGUUGCUAAGCCCGGAUGAGAUCAAUCGACCAGAGAACAAUGGCCUUCAAGAGGUUCGAACUAGGGCAUUGCAGUUAUUGGAUAAAUAUUCCAGACACGAUGUCACUGCGGCUGAUUUGGUGCAGUUUAUGCACAAUGUCGCCACUGUAACCUGCCCUCUGGGUCCUAGGUUGCUGACUUUGGUAGGACGCCGUGACCGCCGAGAAGCGAACCCCACGGGUCUCAUACCGAACAACAACGCAACCGAUGCAACGUUUCUCAUUGAGCUCUUUCAAAACAAGACCUUUACAGCACGGGAUCUUGGCGCUUUGCUUGGAGCGCAUACUGUUGCUCGGCAAUCAUUUGUUGAUCGUUCGAGGGCAGGCCAACCAUUGGAUUCUACGCCAGGAGUUUGGGAUAUGAAUUUCUACCUCGAGAUGGCGAUGCCUGAACCCCCUUCAGGCGUUUUCCGGCUGGCAAGUGAUGAAGCACUUUCUCUGGCUGAUGGCACUUCCUCACGUUUUACCGCAUUUACGGAUACCACCUUCGGACAGACAGUCUGGAAUACCGACUAUUCGGUGGCAUAUGUACGCCUUAGCCUUCUUGGUGUCAACAACAUCAACCGACUUACCGACUGUACCAAGGUGCUACCUAAUUCUGUGACCUCAUUUUCAUUGAGAUCCUCAUCGCCUUCAACUCCUGCGACUUCUUCGACUCCUUCCUCCGCUGCCGAAUUGUCGUCGACCGAAUCUAGGAACAUGAUGCUCUGUGGCUUACUUUGCAUAUUCAUAUUGAUGAUAUGA